AUGGUGCAGUCAUCACCUUCGUCAGCAGCCAGUUCGGCUUCUAGUAGCAACCGACAGAACCUGGACCCCGUCACCCGCAAUGCGCUCCGUUAUACCGUCAGCGCAAAGGAAUAUGAACUGCUCCAUCAAUACCUUGUAUCGCGCGCCCCCUCAGUACAGAAACGUGCUCUUCCGCCAAAGAAAUAUGAAGCCAUUGUAGAGAGCAAGCACGAUGCCAGUAUCUCGACAGUACGAGCGAGUCUGCGCGUCUUUAUCACAGCUUAUUUGGGCCUGAAAGCAUGGGACGUGAUUUCGCGCAGACUGCGACCAUCACCUCAAAAUGCAAAGAACGCGAGCUCGAAAGCAUCCCACCUCCGCAUGUCGGCCUCGUUAUCUCUGAUUCUACUAUUCCACCGUCUUCUGCAUCGCUUCUUCCUUCGUCUUCGUGCUUCGUUGCUUGAGCCCUCGGCUCGCCCCUUCCGCCGUCGUAAUCCUCGUAUCAGUCUCGGUUUGACUUCACGAUAUACUCCUGCUGUUGGCGCAGCGCUAUCCGGACUCUUCCUAGGCGUAUGCCCUGCAUCACAACUACGUAUCAGCGUCGCAAUCUACGCCUUUAGCCGAUCACUUGAAUUCGCAUACAAUGCCGCCGAAGACAAGGGAAUCUGGGGGAAGAAAGGAAAGCCUGACUGGGUAGGGAGCUGGAUGCUGAUGCCUCUGGCCUGUGGACAACUUCUGCACGCUUUCGUCUUCGACCGCGAAUGCUUCCCCGAAGGUAUGGGCAAGUUCAUUCUGAACCGAAGCCCAGAGUACAUCCAGCACCGCCCGUCUACAUAUCCCAGCGACAAGACCUGGCCUGCAACUUUCGACAUCGUUGAUGGUCUGGCCGACAUCUCGCGCCUCCGCUGGCCAUCUUUCGUCUCUCCCAUCCUCUUCCCUGCAGCAAAGCAACAUCUACACGCCUCUAUAUCCCAUCUCUCGCCAAUCACCGCUCCAGCGCACCCAGCAAUCACGAACACCUCUUGCGCUUUACUACACCCCAACGACCCAUCAUGCAUGCGCACAUAUGUCAAAUACUUCAUCGCCGCCUUCCCUACCACCGCUCGCUUCUUCACAGCAAUCUACGCUGUCUUUGCCCUCUUGUCCUACAAAUCCUUCCUCCAAAACCCCAUGCAGCAACUCAACCACCUAGCCGCAAGAAUUCUCCGCAUGUCCCUCUUCAUCACCGGCUCCAUCGGCACUGCCUGGGGAACCAUCUGUCUAUUUGCAACAUACCUACCUCGCAACACAUUAGCCACACAACGCUGGUUCCUCAGUGGUCUCCUAGGAGGUCUAUGGGCAUUCGUAGCCAGAAGAGGGCAAAGAAGUAGUUUCAUCUACUCCGCUCGUAUGAGUCUGGAUUCAUUCUGGAAGGUUGGCGUCAAAAGGGGUUGGUGGAAGGGUGUCAAAGGUGGAGAUGUCAUGCUUUUCGCCGCCAGUCUAGCGCUUAUUGAUGCGCUUUAUGAGACCCAACCGAAGGCUGUCAGAGGUGCUAUGAUUCGUAAGGGUAUGGGUGUGUUGAGGGGUGAAGGGUGGGUUGAUCGUACCGCUACUCAGGAGGAGCAGGGUAAAUCUACUUCUGAAAGUGUAGAGAAGAAGGAGGAGUAG